AAGUCAUAUUGAGCAAACAGAACAGUCCCACUAUCAAGAUGACCGACGGAGUUAUCAGUCAGUAUGAUGGCGUGUAUGGUCACUAUGGUGUAUUUAUGUCUGUUGUGAAAACGGGCUUCAUAUGGAUGCAAACUUCAGCAAGGUUGGCUUGUUGGUUGGCUGGUUAUUACUGAAGACCGUAGCAGCUCAAAUAUUCAACCAGGCGUCAAUCGCGAACUUUUAUAUCAUGCCCCCGCGGUUCGAGAGCGUGUUUGACCCUGCCAGCUUCAACGUCACGAUUUCCACGUGUCACGAAUCAUGCGGUGACCAGUACUUCAACUGCUUCGUCGACACGUGUCAGGACGUCGACGUCGUAUCAAAUCGACGUCACAGCACCGAUAAUGAUGUCACGAACACUCAGCUCAUCAAACUUGUCGACAAACCGGGAUUCGUGUCUCGCUUCCUUUAUUAUUUAUCAUUUGGACUGGUAGGAAGGGCCAAAGCGCGUGUCGCGCUCGCAAACGACAUAGCAAUUGAGAAAGUCUCGUCAACGCGUGGUUCCCCGAGAAUGUCUGAGAAGGAAUGCCACGAUGCGUGUCAGCAGACGUUCCGUAUUUGCCACAAGGACUGUAUAUGCAAGCUGCAUCCGAGCGAGCCAAGGUGCCAGCCGCCGAUGUUGGUGUUCCCCGAUGGCCAUAAACCCGCCAUAUUUAGAGCGUACGGGGCCACCGGUAGACCGCCGUACAAGUUUGACUGGACUAAUAUCGCGUGAUUUAUCAGUUGAUAUCAUGUCCGAAAACAAAAACCCUUGUGAUCAAUAUAGGCCUCAUUCAAAUAUAAUAAACCGAUAGAAAUCUAA